AUGGUGAACUUUACCGUCGACCAAGUCCGAGGACUUAUGAACAAGCGGGCCAAUGUCCGGAACAUGUCCGUCAUCGCUCACGUUGAUCACGGAAAAUCGACAUUGACCGACUCGCUUCUGUCCAAGGCCGGUAUCAUUGCUAGUGCCCGUGCCGGAGAGGCCCGUGCUACCGACACCCGUGCCGAUGAACAAGAACGUGGUAUCACCAUCAAAUCUACUGCCAUCUCCAUGUUCUUUGAGCUCGAGAAGGAAGACUUGGCCGACGUCAAGCAAGCCACUGACGGUACCGAAUUCUUGAUCAACUUGAUCGAUUCACCCGGACACGUCGAUUUCUCAUCCGAAGUCACCGCUGCUCUUCGUGUCACCGACGGUGCCUUGGUCGUCGUGGAUUGUGUCGAGGGUGUCUGUGUACAAACCGAGACUGUACUCCGUCAGGCACUCACCGAGCGUAUCAAGCCUGUUGUGAUCAUCAACAAGGUCGACCGAGCUCUCUUGGAGCUCCAAGUCUCCAAGGAGGACUUGUACCAAUCCUUCUGCCGGACGGUUGAAAGUGUCAACGUUAUCAUUUCCACCUACAACGACAAAGCCCUUGGUGAUGUCCAAGUUUACCCCGAGAAGGGUACCGUCGCCUUUGGUUCCGGUCUCCACGGUUGGGCUUUCUCCCUGAGACAAUUCGCCAAACGUUACUCCAAGAAAUUCGGUGUCGAUGCCGAUAAGAUGAUGGCCCGUCUCUGGGGUGACAACUACUUCAACCCCAAAACCAAGAAAUGGGUCAAGAACGCCAUUGAUGCCGAUGGAAACACGCUUGAGCGAGCAUUCAACAUGUUCGUGCUCGAACCCAUCUUCAAGAUCUUCGACUCGGUUAUGAACUUUAAGAAAGAUCAAGCCAUGACUUUGAUUGACAAGCUUGAAGUCAAGCUCACCUCGGAGGAGCGAGACACCGAAGGAAAAGCCCUCUUGAAGAUCAUCAUGCGAAAGUUCCUUCCCGCUGGUGACUCCCUGUUGGACAUGAUCUGUAUCCACCUCCCAUCACCCAUCACCGCCCAGAGGUACCGAGUCGAAACUUUGUACGAAGGUCCUAUGGAUGACGAAGCUGCCAUUGGUAUUCGUGAUUGUGACCCGAACGGGCCUUUGAUGUUGUACGUAUCCAAGAUGGUGCCGACCACCGAUAAAGGUCGAUUCUAUGCCUUCGGUCGUGUCUUCUCGGGAUGUGUCAAAGCCGGACCGAAGAUCCGAAUCCAGGGUCCCAACUAUACCCCUGGCAAGAAGGAAGAUUUGUUCAUUAAAUCUAUCCAACGAACUGUCUUGAUGAUGGGUGGUCGUGUCGAAGCCAUCGAGGACUGUCCCGCCGGUAACAUCAUCGGCUUGGUCGGUGUCGAUCAAUUUUUGCUCAAGUCUGGAACCCUCACGACCUCUGAGACCGCUCACAACAUGAAGGUCAUGAAAUUCUCCGUCUCUCCCGUCGUCCAAGUCGCCGUGGAGGUCAAGAACGCCAACGAUCUUCCAAAACUUGUCGAAGGUCUCAAGCGACUAUCUAAGUCUGACCCUUGUGUUCAGACCUGGAUUGCCGAAACCGGAGAGCACAUCGUCGCCGGUGCUGGUGAACUUCAUCUUGAAAUUUGUCUCAAGGACUUACAAGAUGACCACGCCCAAGUUCCGCUCAAGAUUUCCGACCCUGUCGUCGGAUACAGAGAGACUGUUCAAACCGAAUCUUCGAUCGUCGCCUUGUCCAAAUCUCAAAACAAGCACAACCGACUUUACGUCAAGGCUCAACCGAUCGAGGAGGAGCUUUCCAAGGCUGUUGAAGAGGGCAAGGUCGGCCCCCGUGAUGAUUUCAAGCUCCGUGCCCGUCUUCUUGCCGAUGAGUACGGAUGGGAUGUCACCGAUGCCCGAAAGAUCUGGGCCUUCGCCCCCGAUGGAAGCGGACCUAACUUCUUGGUCGACACCACCAAGGGAGUCCAAUACCUAAGCGAAAUCAAGGAUUCUUGUGUCGCUGCCUUCCAAUGGGCUGCCAAGGAAGGUCCUUGUGCCGAAGAAAACAUGCGAGGAACCAGAUACAACAUUCUCGAUGUCACUCUUCACACUGAUGCUAUCCAUCGUGGCGGUGGUCAAAUUAUCCCGACUUGCCGACGUGUCGUUUACGCUGCCGCUCUCCUCGCCAACCCUGGUCUUCAAGAGCCCAUGUACAUGGUGGAGAUGCAAACCCCUGAAAACGCUUUGGGCGGUAUCUACUCCGUCUUGAACAAGAAGCGAGGUCACGUGUUCUCUGAGGAACAGAGAGUGGGUACACCCAUGUACACCGUCAAGGCCUACUUGCCGGUAUCUGAAUCUUUCGGAUUCAACGGAGAGCUCCGACAGGCUACCUCCGGACAAGCCUUCCCCCAGAUGGUGUUCGACCACUGGCAACUCAUGCCCGGUACUCCCCUUGAGAAGGGUAGCAAGCUUGAGCAAUUGGUCCACGACAUCAGGAAACGUAAAGGUCUGAAGCUCGAGAUCCCUGCCCUAGAUAACUACUACGACAAACUCUAA